AUUAUUUCUCGUUCUCGUUUUCAUCACUGCCGUAUUUGCAGCUCCAAUGACGAACUUACGCAAGCGUCUCGGAGAUGAGAAGGAUUGCAAAACAAAAUCAAAAUUAUCUGAUGAUGAGGCCUUUAAAGAUAACGUACCAGUAGAAAAUGAUGAUACAAAUUAUUGUCCCGAACCCGCCAACAAUUAA